AAUUCAGGCAUUAAUCAAGCCAGGGCAAAAGGGAGGGUAUACUGUGUUUUCUCCCCCCUCUUUCGCUUCGGAACUGAAAGGCAAGGUGUGAAUGAAGGAGCCCACAGUGGCCAGCAGAGAAGCACCACUGGGUCACAGCAUCAAAUCAUGUCUGAGUCGAACACCAUUGCUGCUUCCACAGCAGAUCAGAACGGAGCAGUUCCAGGCGAGCCAGCGAAGAAAGAUGAAAACUCCCGGAGAGGCAACUGGGGCAACCAGAUUGAGUUUGUCCUCACCAGCGUGGGCUAUGCUGUGGGCCUGGGCAACGUCUGGAGGUUUCCAUAUCUCUGCUACAGAAAUGGAGGCGGUGCCUUCAUGCUGCCGUACUUCAUCAUGCUGGUGUUCUGCGGCAUUCCUCUCUUCUUCCUCGAGCUGUCCUUCGGUCAGUUCGCCAGCCAGGGAUGUCUGGGAGUCUGGAAGAUCAGCCCCAUGUUCAAAGGUGUCGGUUACGGCAUGAUGGUGGUGUCCACCUACAUCGGCAUCUACUACAACGUGGUCAUCUGCAUCGCCUUUUACUACUUUUUCAUGUCCAUGACCAGCCUGCUGCCGUGGACCUACUGCAACAACCCCUGGAACACGCCGGACUGCACCGGGGUGUUGGGCAGUGGCCACCCGCUCAACAGCAGCCUGGUCAAUGCCACCACCAGCCUGGUGGCGGGGGUGACCGAGGUGGUCAACCGCACCAAGAGGACCAGCCCCAGUGAGGAGUACUGGAAACACUAUGUGUUGGACAUCUCUGAUGGUAUUGGAAACUUUGGAGAGGUCCGUCUUCCCAUCCUGGGCUGUCUGGCUGUGUCCUGGUUUGUCGUCUUUCUGUGUCUCAUCAGGGGUGUUAAAUCCUCUGGAAAGGUGGUGUACUUCACAGCCACAUUCCCCUAUUUGGUUUUGACCAUCCUGUUCAUCCGUGGCAUCACCCUGGAUGGAGCCAUCAACGGCAUCAAGUACUACUUGACUCCACAGUGGCACAAGGUCCUUGAUGCAAAGGUGUGGGGAGAUGCUGCCUCACAGAUCUUCUACUCUCUGGGCUGUGCCUGGGGUGGGCUCAUUACCAUGGCUUCUUACAACAAGUUCCACAACAACUGCUUCAGAGACAGCAUCAUCAUCAGUAUAACCAACUGUGCCACCAGUGUGUACGCCGGCUUUGUCAUUUUCUCCAUCCUGGGCUUCAUGGCGCACCACCUGAACGUCCCCGUGUCCGAGGUGGCUGACCACGGCCCAGGCUUGGCCUUUGUGGCCUACCCAGAAGCCCUCACUCUGCUUCCCAUCUCACCGCUCUGGUCGCUGCUCUUCUUCUUCAUGCUCAUCCUCCUGGGACUGGGGACUCAGUUCUGUCUGCUGGAGACCCUGGUGACGGCCAUCGUUGAUGAGAUCGGCACAGACUGGAUCAUCAGAAACAAGACUGUGGUCACGCUGUCAGUGGCCGUAGUUGGAUUCUUACUGGGAGUGCCGCUAACGACACAGGCAGGAAUCUACUGGCUGUUACUGAUGGACAACUACGCUGCCAGUUUCUCUCUGGUCAUCAUCUCCUGCAUCAUGUGUAUCUGCAUCAUGUAUAUUUAUGGUCACAGGAACUAUUUCAGAGAUGUUGAGAUGAUGCUGGGUUUUCCUCCUCCUCUCUUCUUCAAAGUCUGCUGGAGAUUCAUCUCCCCUCUCAUCAUCUCUUUCAUCCUGAUCUUCACAGUGAUUCAGUACAAACCCAUCACCUACAAUGACUACGUCUACCCCGGCUGGUCCCUGGCUAUUGGCUUCUCCAUGGCUCUGUCCUCAGUGAUUUGCAUACCUGUGUAUGCCCUCUACAAGAUCUCCAGGUCCCCAGGAGCCACCUUCAGAGAGCGGUUGAAGUUCGCGUGCCGAGCACAUCCAAAGUGGGGCCCCGCCCUGCAGGAGCACCGGACAGGCUGCUACGCCCCCAUGGCCUCUGAAGACACCGUGGAGUCCCGUCCCCUCAAGGAGAAGGAAGAGCUGAAGGAGGAGCUGAAGGAGAUGGAGAAGGAGGAGGAGAGGAGAGAUGACAUCAGUCUCACCAUUCAGGGGAGCAAUGGCUCCACCAACACGCACAACAACCCCAACCCCAGCGCAUAGACGGCACCCCCCCCCCCUCAACUCUGUCUGCGCCCCAUCCAUCUCCUAAUUCUCUUCCUCCCUUUUUCCUUCCUUCUCCUCCAUCCUCACCCCACUUUCCCACAGUCCUCUGUGGGGGAGAUCCCAUUCGCUGGAGACCUUUACAUAUUGUAAGGGCUUAUUAUUUCUAUCCUAACCUCUUCUAUAUCUAUCUGUGUGUCGUCUCUAGAUAAGCGAAUAAUAAAAAACGAAAGGAAGAAAAAAUUGGGUCAUCAUCCAAAAGAUUAGUGUGUGAACGUGUGAGUUUAGAAUUUGCGCGUGUGCAUGUGUCGUUUGUGUGCGUGCCUGUCUGUGUGUUAAUUUGUCCGACAUAAUUUAAUAAUGCAGUUUGUUUCUCCUUUCAGUUUUUGUAAAACUUGUGUAUGUCACCUGCAUAUGCAGUUAGAGGUACAGUAGAUUGUGAAGCUGCAUGUGUUUGUCGUGUGCAUGCAGCCACAUAGAGACACACACUGUCCUUUAUUCAGUUAGCCGGGUCUGUUUUUGGGGAUCGUGACGUUCGAGCGACAAUGAUUUGACGGCCGGAGACCUUGUCGUGGUGCUGUAACGUAGCGGAGGAGGGUGAACUGUGCCUGCACUGGCCAUUUAUAGUGUGAUGAUGCUGAGGGAUGGAAGCAGUCUCAACUUCAUGGCCAGAAAAAGAGGCGGAAACACUCGUUCACACACUCUCGCACUAUUGUACAAUUUACAGCACACAGUGACCUCAGCCAUAGUUGAUCUCUGCUUGAGACUAAGCCUGUUGGGUUUUUUUUUUAUGCUGCUUCAUUUUUUUAAAUAAGUUCUGCAGAGCACAAAUGUUUUAACACCCGAGAUGGCGACUGACACAUAGGGCUGUUAGUCUGUGGAAAAUUCCUCCAUUUUUAACUUUAUCUUUUCACUAAAGCUGCUUAAAGGUUGAGAACUCAGAGAAACGUCAGUGAACUUUAACUGUAUUUUGACUCUCUGCCUCCACAUUCACACACACACACACACACACACACACACACACACACAGACACGGAGCAUAUUUGUUCCCAGUUUUGACAGAAGGGAUCCCAUGGCCGUUUCUCAGGGUCCACGCGAAGUUAAACUUAGUGGUUUGUUGUUGCUCCUCACCUUUGGAAACCUUGUCUCCACUAAGGUGGCCUGUUAAGACACCUCGCUGUCGAGAAAAAAAAAAACACACGCACAUACACAAAACAGGUGGAUGCAACUCUUAAUCUAGAAGUGCCAUCUCAUCUUAAGUCUUCCAGGCAUUCCUUUUUUGGAUGAAAUGCAUCUUGGGAUGUGGCCUGUGACGGAGGAACUCGGGCUGGAAGAGGUAGCCGGUGAGAGGAAUCAUAGGUGUGUUGGAGUGUGUGUCUCCCGUGGGUCGUAGCAAUCUGCCCCCAUUCAGGCAUGUUACCAAAAACAUUACCUACAUGUUACCUGAGUCCACUCACAUGUUUUUGGUAACAUUUGUAUCCCAGAGACUGAUCUGGUGUCAGCCUCUUACCGUCAGUGGAACCUUUAAUGUAUUUUACAGACACUUGUUUUUAAAAGCUCUGAGCCAAGCUGUGCUGUGACUAACGGAGGAAGCAGUGAGACGCAGCUUGUUUCCAGAAGAACGUAGAAUAAAGAUCAUCAAUGAAUUAUUGUAGUUUGAAAUGUAGCUCAUGUAGUAUUGUUCUCUCAGUAGAAUUCUCCUUUUUACCUCUCAUUAUUGUAAAGUAAUUUAGUACAUAAUUAUAAAGACAGCAUAUGUUUAUUUUGUACAAAAAAAGAAAAACUACAGAAUCAUAAUUAACCAUGUUUACCAUUCUUCAUCUGUGAAUUGAUAUGUGGUGUUUUUUGUUGGAGAGGGAGGGGAUGAUCGGAUAGAGAGGGGGUCUCUUGAGCACGCAGAGCAUCCAGGACAAUGUUAUGGUGUUGGGAUGACAGAGGUUUAUGUUGUUAUAAAGAUGGAUUAAAUCUCAUCUCGACAGCUGCUUGGUGAUUUCUAUCUGGUGCCACAUGUUUCAUCCUCAGAAGUUCUGUUGGACACCAGCUCAGGUGGUAGUGAGGUGCUGUUCGCUGGACAAGCAGGGGUUGUGGUUUUUGGGAAUGCAUCAGUAUUUCAAAUGCAGCAUAUUUAUAAGUAGAGAGACCUAAAAGAUGAGUUUUUGACCAGUUUAUGCUUGUUUGCAUUCUUCCCGAGUGUUAGAUGAGGAGAUCAAUACCACUCUCAUAGCUGGAGCCAGAAGCCGGUUAGCUUAGCUUAGCGUGAAGACUGGAAACAGGGGCAGAGGACCUCUGACGCUCAAUGAACAGGAUCUGUCUUGGUUGUGUCCAAUAUCCCCCACUCAUUUACUACCGCCCCACUGAGAAUGAAGAGGACUAUAAAGAGUGCAUAUCGGCAACAGUUUAAAAAAAGCCUUUUGGACAUUACUCUGCACAUUUUCCCUGUGCUGGUAAUUGCCUCAUUAUUAUGAUGUGCAAUAAAAACACUAAUACAGCAGAUGGAAAAUCCUAUGAAACAUUUAAAAAUAUAUAAUGUUGAUUUUUACACAUUUAUAAUAUGUAAAAAUCAACAUUAAUACAAACCACACAUGUAGUAAAUAGUGAGUGAUUUUGGACACAGUGCAUGAAAAAGAAAACCCAGCUGGUUGCCAGGCAACUGGUCCCAGCAAAGGCAUAAAAUGGCAAUUUUGAUAAUUGUGUCUGAGAGUACUAGAGAACAAACCUGCACAGAUGAAGACGUCGAUGUUAAGCACAUAAACACAAAGCGUGACGAACACAGUGGGCAUUCUGAAACAAGCACAAAUCUCUACCAGGUUUUUAUCAGGCCUUUGUUCAGGAAGGUUUCUCAGUUUAUGGCUGAUCCAAUAGACGGAGAACCGUAGCUGUGAUCUGUGUAGUUCUUCAUCUGUUUUAACUGUCUGGUUCUGACUCGUCCCAUAGUUAUUCACACCACACUUGACGUAUGUUGUAAUAGGUUUUGAUUUUUCAUUAAAAAUACAGUGAAACCAGGUGCUUUAUUAAAGGUAGGGUUGGUAAUUUGUUUCUGAAACGUUUUAUCAUAUUUGUUGAAAUCCUCUCCAUGUCCUGAUAGCCGUCAACAAAAAAAAUAAAAGUUGUCUGGGAAAAAAAACUGCCUGCCUGUGUGUACCCCUCACAAACCAGAGAGGCUAGGGAGACAUACACUGCUGAAGCGGUGACGAUAGUUAGCGAAGUUUCCAGUAGUUGUCAGUCAUUGCAAGUUCCUGUGUUUUGGGGGUGCAGCAUUGACGAGAGUGCUGAUGGAAGGGGGUGUGUUGCAUAUAGCUUUUCCAGGAUUACCAACCCUGUCUUUAAGACAAUAAUAAUUACCACCAUCCUCUAAUCUUAAUAAGUUGUGCUGCUUCUUCUGAAAACUGCAUCGUAACUUCAAAGUUACUCUUGGAAGCUGGAAAAAGGUGAACAUGGACUCAUCAUCCUCAGUUGGGACAGCCUGUAGCUCAGACCGUUUCCUGUUUGUGAUUGCCUGUUUCGUGUGGUCAUGUAUUAAGUGAGGCUUAGCCGCCAUGUUAACCAUCUCUAUAUAUCCCGACCCUCUCCAUCUCUGCUGGCCCCCGCAUCUCUCCCUCCCUUUGUACAGUAAUGUAAAAAAAGCAACAUAUAAUUGGACUGUGUGUUUGUGUGCGUGUUUUAUCUUUACUUUUGUUUUCGGGGAUGGAUACGUUUGUUUUGGGGGGGCGGGUGGGCACUGUUUCAUUUUUUUUUCGCUUUUGAUUUGUCAUUUUUCUCGUAGCGUGUCGUAGACGAUGUCAGGUGUAUCGUGAACUCUGUGUGUAGUGGAUUAGCUCUUACUGCUGAGCCUGCGCGUAGAGCAGGCGUGUAGUGUCACUAUUGAUGUCAGUGUACCUCUAAUCUAUCAGAACUAGCCAUGUCCUACUCUGCUAAUCUACAGUCUAUCUUUUAAGAGAGAAAAACAUUUUGUACUAAAAGAAGAGAAAGAAACUACAUAUUUUAUCUUUGGAUUUUAAUCAUUGUUUACCCAUAUUUGAUGACACUACUUUUUAUUUUUUUGUUUCUGAAGUUGUAUUCGUAGAAAAAAAAAUAUUAAGAUGAAGCCAGCUGAUACUAAAAGCAUUGCCAAACAAAAAGCUUUGGAUCGAAACUUGAACUACAGAAGAAUGGUUUGUUUUUACUGUGAGCUCUGGUGUAGUCGGCGGCUGCAGCUACAUAGCGAUGCUUCUUUUCUUUUCUUUUUUUUCAACAACACUGUUCCAUGUACUCAAAUGAAAUAUUUUACACAGUGCAGUGCCACCAGUCGCACAAUGCUGCUUACCUUUUCAUAGCCUGUGGCCCUUAAAAUGAACAGUUUGGCUUUUUUUCUGUGUAGAUGUUAGAACAUGUUAGAAAAUGCACAAAAUCAAAACACCAAAAUUACUCUGCAACCAAGACUGAAUCAGUAUCAGGACCCAUGAAGUCACACUGUCACUCUAGUGCAGCUCUGCUGCAUAAUAACAGAGUAUGAUAUUGUUUUAUGUUGACGUUUUAACAAGUUAUAUGUAUCAGACGAGGGUCGUGUUGCUAUUUUAAAUAGAAAAUUAAAGAUUUAUUGGUAAAGUGAACCACUGAUUAUUGUCUCAAGCUACCAAAACAAUAAUGCUUGACCCAUUUGGCCCGUCUAAAGAAAGACAACCGAGAACACACAUGAAGAAGGGUCCGGUUAAAACCCGACCCAUCCGCUCACCAUCACUGAACAACAUAACCUACAUGAAAGUCUGGACCACUUUUUGCACACAAAUUCACAGCUCACCUUCUCCACUGCACUGGAAACACAAGAAAACAAAACUGUGAUUUUACCUUGUUUCUAUUACAGAAUGUUACCUCUUGAAGUUCUUACUACUGCUCAUAUAAUCAUAAGCACUUUAAAGAAAUAUUUUCUUUUUUUAAGCAACAAGAAGAAAUAUAUAUAAUUAGAAGAAUUUAUUCACAUUUUCAUUCUGGGGAAAAAAACAGGUAUGAUAAAUGUCUUUUUUCAGUGGUGUGGGUGAAAGAAGCGAGUCCAAGUGUCAGUGGACAGACAUGCUGUGUUGUUGCUAUGCCAAUGUAAAUCGUUUUCCUGGGAGGAGAGGAGAAAGAAAAGCACAAGUGAGAAAAAGAGAACACAACUCUUCUGGUACCUUCUAUCAUAUCUAUCUGUCUAUCUAUCUAACCAUGUCUGUUCUUCCUGUAGGGCCAAAAUCCAUUGAAAUGUCUUAGUCCUGUCAGCUGUAUAUCGUAAAACUGUUGAAUUACAAAAUGGUAAAUAAAAUCUAUUUUAAAGAUCA